CUUUACUCCUUAGAUCUGUUUCUUCUCUGUUUUUUCUCCCCCGUUUUUGUCUCUGAUCCUCAAAUGUGGCUUCUUUCUUCCUGGGUUCUCUUCUUUUGCUUCCUUUUUUGUGGGUUUUUUGUUGUUUCGGUUCUGGGAUUGGAAAUGUCGUUGAAGGGUCAAUGUAGAUUGGCAUUAUAAAGUCUCUUGCUCAGGCUGCUCAAUUUCUUGAUUACAUUGUUGUUUACGCGGAUGUGUGUUUGUGGAUGGACUGAAGAAUUCAUAUGCACUUGUGUUUCUUUAGGAGGUUGCUUUGUUUUGUCUUGCUUUUUAAUCAGACAACUUGAAUGAAUCUUCGCGUUAUAAAUUUUAAAUCUAUUGCGUCUGCUCCAACUAAGCAACCGAAGCUUGAACGCCUUGAAAAUGGCCACUGGAAUCUACCGACAGGUAUCACGAUGGUUGCACAGGAAUUUACUGUUGAUCUGAACAAACCACUCGUGUUCCAGGUUGGCCAUCUUGGAGAAGCAUAUCAAGAGUGGGUUCAUCAGCCUAUUAUCAGCAAGGAAAGACCUCGAUUCUUCAAAAGUGACUUUUGGGAGUUCUGUACGCGCACAGCAUGGUGGAUGGUUCCACUCAUAUGGCUGCCAGUGGUCUGUUGGUUCGUUUCCAUGUCUGUCAAUAUGGGGCACACACUUCCUCAGAUAUCAUUGAUGGUGAUCUUUGGCAUUUCUAUUUGGACAUUGAUCGAAUACAUAGUGCAUCGUUUCCUGUUCCAUAUUGAAACCCAGAGUUAUUGGGGAAAUACCAUGCAUUACCUUAUUCAUGGUUGCCAUCACAAGCACCCAAUGGAUAGUCUGCGACUAGUUUUUCCUCCUACUGCAACAGCUGUUCUGUUAGUUCCAUUAUGGAACUUGGUUAAACUCUCUUUCCCACCAUCUAUGGCUCCUGCUCUGUUUGGAGGCGGUCUUUUGGGUUAUGUGAUCUAUGACGUUACCCAUUACUACUUGCAUCAUGGCCAACCAACGGGAGACGUGCCAAAAAAAUUGAAGAAAUAUCAUAUGAAUCAUCACUUCCGCAUCCUGAAUAAAGGCUUCGGCGUCACUUCACCACUUUGGGACAGAGCAUUUGGAACACUUCCUGCAUCAAAAGUAGCUGAGAAGACUAGAUAACAAAGUUGUAUAGCUCUCAAGGCAAACACGUUUCAGUUAUUUAAAGUACAUAUUUUUGUCUUAUAUUCAUUGUUUUCCAGUCUAUUUGUUGCAUCAUGGCAAUGCUAAUGCGAAGUGAGUUAGAAGAUUGUAUCAGCUUUGUGCUGUAAAUUAUUCAAGGAUGGAUGGUUUUGUAUAGGAUUUGAUGUAGUCUAAUAAUGGAAGAUUCGGCCGUGCCCCAUACUAUUAUUAUCA